AUUAACAAGAUGGUCGUAUUUCUGAUACGACCAUCUCUGAUGUCGACUGUUUUUUGACAAAAUCUUCUUUGAUUUUACUUACAAAUAUAAGAUGGCCUUGGACAAAUACACAUUUUGUGUUAUCCGAAAGCUGCAAUGGGUGUGGAUUUCCAGUUUAUAUAAACAAUAUGUAUAGACCUACUCAUUUCGUUUGUAGUCAAGAAAACAUAAUAGUUUUAUUGCAUCAAAUCUUUUUUUGGUUCCCGAUUUGCUCCCAGUACAGUAUAUAUGACCAUUACAUCGAGGAUGAAUGCACAAUUUGUUACUGAUUUGGAUCCACAUAUUUUUUAAACACACCCAUAAGUACUUAAUUUUUUAAUGUUAAAAUAAUUUUAUCGGAUAAUAUUUUUUUUUUGACAUUUGUUAUUUUUUUAUAGUCAGUGGUCUCUGCGUUAUUUAAAUCGUAUUCUUCUUCCCAAUUUUCAACUUCUUUACUUUCUGAGUAGUGGGAAAAGGGUGAAAAAAUAUUAUUGAUCGUGGAACCCUCAAUUACUUCACCUGUGUUUGCACUUGACGCGCUUGAUUUAUAUCCCGAUCCUGUUGUUUACUAGUAAAGUGAUUGAUCUACUAUCUUAUAAACCUUUUUGAUCUUAUAGCUCUCUUUUUAAGUACUAUUAGAUUUAAAAGAGUCUCGAGCAAGACUAUGAUGGCACAAACUUGUAAUCGUUUCAGCUAAGUAUGUUAUAAUAUCAUUUUCUCUCACAAAAUGCUACUAUAGGAUCAAAAUAUUAUUCAGGAUUAAGUCUUACUUCAAACAAUUAUAGGAGACUUAUUCCUUAAAGUGUCCUAAAAGAUAAUCUUAUAGUUAACUAAAAGACUGAGUUAUAAAGGCUAUUACUCUUGAGUAUAUGUAUGCUUGUGAAAUGCUAUUACUAGUAAAAAUGUCCUAUAAAUGUUUUAGAGAUCAGUCUUGUAGCGAACUGCAAGACCGAGAUAUAAAAACAAAUGCACUUGAGUAUGUUAAGGCUUGGCAAAUGCUAUUAUAAGUUAAAAAGUCUACCGCAAUGCCUUUACAAGAGCGUUAUUAGUAGUGACAGACUUAUAAUAUUUCCUUAUAGGAUUACUUUGCUUGUUGGGUAGCGUUAUGCGAAUUUUGUUAUUGAGACGGCAGUCACAGAUAGAUAAGAUGUAAGAGUUAAACUCUGGUAGCUAUCCGAGUUUAACUUUCAGUAGGUUAUUGAGAUCGGCCGUAAGAGGUGCAACACGAUUUGGUGUUCCUAAGGGUGUACCCUGGAGCGCUAUGUGAAGAAGAAUGUCAAUGCAGAAGAUCUUGUCCAGGUUCGUAUGGGGAGACAACCAGCCUUACCUAUUGAUGUAGAAGCCGAGAUAGAAACAGUGUUGCCACCUUGGUGGUUUUCCCCCAGAACUAGCGGUUUUUGAAAGCCUUCAGUGGUAUUUUAAAAACCAUAGCGUUUUUUUUAUCUGGCAACACAUUUUUACCCGCCAUUUCAGAAUUUCCUAAUAUUCUCUACUUACUCUCUGGCCGAGAAAUCCCUAAGCACAGUCAGAAUUUCAUAUUGUUCUAUCGCGCAAAGCUGAAGGAACGCUCGCCCUAUAAAUUACUGAACAUAGUGAAAUUGGCUUUCCCUGACUCAAAAGCAAAGGACGACUUAAAAAUGCAUCGUACUAAGUGUACUGAAGUUAUUAAAAAUGUAUUGGCACCACAUUUUACUGAAGAGCUAAUAAAGGAUAUAGGAUAGCAAAAAUACAGUCGUAUCAUUGAUGAAUCGACUUGACAUCAGCACGAGUUCCUGAUGUCCGUCCCCCAAAAGAGAGCACAAGUUCAAAACAAAAAAAAAGUUAGCGAAUAUUUUACGAAAUAAGGGACAAUCGUACGUCUCUGUUUCUGCCUGAAAGAAAAAUAGGAACGCCGUGUAACGAAAAAUGUCUUGCCUUGAAAAAUGACUAGUCUUGAUUUACAACCAACCACAGGAGUCACUCCAUUUUUAAUUUUUUGGACGUAACGUUAAACAUAAACAAUAUUCAAGCAGCAAAGCAAUCUUUAUUCGCUUGGGGUUGGUUGAGGUUUAUUGAGGAGUGCUAAUGCGGGUAUAAGUUUGCUUAUGUCAUGUAUCAAUUACCGGCAUUUAAGGAUGAACUGGAAUCGCAAAUACGCUGUGGCCGUUAUAACUGAGCCCAUGUCUCGUAACAGAUACAUUCAGCUGCGGAACUCAUUGAAGCUAGUAUAUGAUCUUGAUGUCACCGCUGAAGAAAGACAGACGGAUAAACUUUGGAAUGUUCGGUAUACUUUAGAUCAAAUUAUAAAAGGUUGUCACGCGCAAAAAAGAUAGAUAGCAUGCAAGAUAUCAAUCGAUGAAAUGAUUAUCCAUUUUACCGGUCAUUACCGUUCCGGUGUCAUUAUCAACUCAAAAGCCUAAACAAAUGUUUUUGGCCAGCUAAUUACAUAACUAAAUACCCGUGCUCGUAUACAAGGAGUGUGCGGGCGUGUCCGAUGAUCACGCGUUACGUGAAUGGCCUAUGCUGCUAACCGGAGAGGCAUAUCACAGUUACUGGUAUCGACAACUUAAUUGAAUGUUGAGCCUGAGCCUCAAAAAAGUUGCUCUGCGUACCUAGUUAAAUCCUGUUAGCAACAGAGCAGUUAGUUAGAGCAACAGGGUCUGGUAAAGUCCAUUUCACGAAAGAAGUCCCGCGGACAAUUGUGGAACUAAAUUUGACAAAUGGGGAGUUCGGCCAUGUUGUCGUUUGUCGAUGUUAUCAAGGUGCGUUUGUUGUGGUAGAUAUUUUGUGAGUUUAUUAUUGGAUUAGUGCGUUAUAAGGUUUAUUUACGAUGCCAAAAGUUGUAAAAAGUGCAGGUCGAGAAAUGAUAUUGAAGGUGAAGGAGUUCUGUGAAGCGGAAUACAAGAAUCGCGGCGUUUUAAUACCAUUAGAUAAUGUUCGCAAAAGAGUCGCCGCCAUGACAGGUGUGUCGGAGAAAACUGUAACGAGAGUUACAAAAGAAGGCGCAACAGCGGCGAGUACUUAGCGGCGAUAUUUAGUUAUCAUCACCCCAGGGAAGAGUCGCCCGCAUCCCAAAAAAUUCGACUUGGAUGGAUUUCAUUUGUGCGCUAUACGGCAAAGAAUUCAUAGUUUUUAUGUUGUGAAAAAGGAAUUACCUACAUUGGCUAAAUUACGUGCAGCUUUGAGAGAAGACAUAAAUUAUCAAGGAAGUAUCACAACAUUGCACCGUAUAUUGCAUAGCAUCGGUUUCAAGUAUAAGCGAUGCCAAUCGAAACGUAAAUUACUAAUGGAACGUUAUGAUAUUACUGCAUGGCGUUCAAGAUAUUUGGAGAGAAUCCGAAGAAAUCGCAAUGUGGAAAAAAAACCUGUAGUACCUAUAUUUAGACGAGACUUAUAUACACAACACUUAUCAUGCCAAGAGUUGCUGGCAAAGUGUUUAAAAAGUACAGUCUCGUUGGAUAGCUCAAAGCAUUCAAUGGAAGAUGAUCUAUCCCAACCAUCAACAUCAAAAGUACCAGAAAAUAAUCCAGAUCACGAUGAUGGCAACAGUAAAACUUCAUUGACUAGAACGAAUACAGAUGAUGGAAAAUGUAAGGAUGUCUUAUUGAGAGAGCUAAAAAGGAGGUACGGCAUGAUAGAACUAAAUGACCAUGCAGCUAUUGCUACGCUUUUAGACCCUAGAUUUAAGAAUCUGCAUUUUCAAGAUCCAGCAGCAUGCGGAAGAGCUAUCCAUAAACUUAGAUCUAUGGUGGUCGGGCAGCAAAGCAGCCCCAGUGAGUCAGAAGAUGAUGCCUCAUCAACUGCACCACCUGAAUACGACUUCUGGAAACAUCACAAAGAUCGGAACAUCCCUAUUCCUAACCUACCUGAAAGGUCACUUGUGGUAAUGGACAACGCUCCGUAUCAUUGCACUCAAAUAAAUAAAGCACCUACAAUGUCAAGUAUUAAACGUGACAUGCAGGGAUGGCUGCGAGGAAAGGGAGUAUAUUUUGAAGAUACUUGGACAAAAGCUGUAUUAUUUGGAUUAAUUAAGCAAAACAAAGGUCCACCUACAUAUGCCGUGGAUGAAUUAUUAAAAUCUCACAAUCAUGAAUUGCUAAGAUUGCCGCCUUACCACUGUGAUCUCAAUCUGAUCGAAAAAAUGUGGAGCCUUGUAAAGAGACGGGUAGCGGAUAAAAACGUGGGCCAAGUUCCAAAAGAAAUUGUACGCCUAACAGAAGAGGCUUUCGAGUCUGUUACAUUCGAAUGAGAAAGAAAAUCCGCCACAUACUGGGUUUGUGUGUGAAACUCAGUUUAAUGAAGCUAUUAUGACGAUGUUAGAGGGGCGGCAGGAUAAGGAAAAACCUAUUCUAGAAAUAGAAGAGGCUAUUUCAGCUAUUGAAGAAUUUAAAUCAGCUGCAGUAUUGAAACUUAAGAGAACAAACAAGCAAUAUUAUUACGGUAAUAAAGAAAAUUAUCUACCGACUCGGUGGUUAAAAUAGUGCCUCCAGUUGAAUUUUCCGCGCCACGGAGGCAGAGAUCAAAUGCUGUAUAAUUUGAAAUCCAGAUAUUUGAUUCCUACUUCUGUUGUAUUAGAAUUUUUGAAACUGUGUUCAUUUUAUAUAUCAACUAUACAUGAAUGCGCUUCAAAUGAGUAUGAAAAAUAAUGAGGCAUUCACGAGCUGUUAUUUAGUCUCUGUAUUAAUUUUACGUAAAAUGAUCACAACAAAUGUUUAGUAUUUUUUAAAUAAAAGCAUUAUCUAUAUUAAAUACAUUGUUUAUUUUACGGCUUACCUUUAUAGAGGCCUUUAGUUUUUUAUAAAUGGCAUCACAUACUUCCGGAAUGAGUUUAGAAAUUGCGGAUUAUAAUACACGGAAAAACUUCUCCAGAAAAGUAUAAUUGCAGCCAGUUGUUAAAUAUGUUAUAACUAGUAAUUUGCAAUUUCAAUGAAGGAGGAAGAGCCUGUCUCAUAUUAGUAUCUUUCUUUUUUAGUUAUGAGUCCACUGACUUUACUCAAAAGUAAUUCGAAAGUCUCGGUUGACAUUCGAAAGCUAGUUUUAAAUUCCUUCUGGUCUGGUCUUCAGCUCUGAUUUCUUCCAAUACAUUUAAACUUUCAUUUCUUCGUCCUAUCCAGUUACGCAUCCGUAACUUUUUGCUUCGUAAUUGUAUUAAAUCUUCUUCUGGCAUAUUUAAUAAUUCUGGUAAUAUUACAUUUUUAACAAAUGAUUUUAAAAGAAUUUUCGUUCGUCGAGACAUUUUGACGCGAUUCAACUCAUACAGCUACCGUGCGAAUAGCAUGCACAUGUAGCUCUUGACCACGACUACUUACUUGUGCAAGUAGUCUGUGUCUUUACUUGCUCCAGUUAUAUGCACCAUGUAAAAGUACAAGCGAGUAACUCGAACAAAUAGCUUGCAUAUUACUCAAGCGUGUAACCCGCAUCUUUGCUUGGUCCAGCUACAUGCACCGUGUACAAGCACCCUUAGUCCCAGUCAGCCUCGUGAGACGCAAUAACGUACUGUGAUUUAUAUUUUUUGUACCAAGACAUUUUUUGUGAAGUUCGGAUACGAAUUGCUAUCGUUUUCGCAAAUUCAGACCUUUAAGUUUUAAAAUGGGUAAAACCAAGGAACUAUCGGUUGAAACUCGUUUUAAUUUACAAAUCUUCAUAAUCUAGGCAAAAGUAACAAUAACAUAAUAAGACCAAUUAAGAAUAGAAGACGAGAAUGCAAGUUUUUCUAUAAAGCCCAUUGAAAGCCAGCAGCAAUUUGAAAUGUUGGAAACGGAUUUAGCUGAUAAGGCCAAAAAAAGAAGCUUUUCAAAACAUUAUCAUUGUUGUGCUCAUCUAAAGAGGUAGCAGCACGACGUUUGUAUACGCACAUACAAACUACUGGAUAUACUUUUCUCCAAGAAUUUUCUUUGUCAAUCUUCAUGGUCCGGUGGUAGCAAGGGAGAAAUUUCUAAACUUCCUUUUAAAACUUACAAGAACUUUAGGAUUUUUUUCUUUAAAAUUGUUAAUUCCUGGGACGCAAACUUUUCGGAUGACGACGCCGAAAAAUUUUUGAAGCUAGCUUUAAGGAAUGCUUCUAAAUGUAAAUUAAUGAAAGGGUUACGACAAUCGUCAAAACGAACCCGCAAAAGUAGAAACCGCGGAAAGGAAUUACAUUAUAAUGCCAGUAAUAUAUGUCGUGGCUAGAUGGCAGCCCCGAGACGAAGCGAGAGGGGGUGUACUCAUGCGACGUCGGAGCGGCAGCGCUCAGUUGCUUGUGCGUUGACAGAGAGGAUACACAGAAGCUCAUUUCGUUUUACGUUUACGUUUUUGUACUUAGUUUAAUUUGCAGGGUAAAAUGAAUACCAUUGAAGAACUUGACUCAAGUAAUCUAUUUACUUGACUACAUUGAUACAGGAAAGGGAAAUUAUAUGGGACAAGUCAAACGUAGAUUUUAAAAAUAAAAAUUUAAAAACAAAAGCCUAGGAAGAAAUAUCUUAAGUUUUAUUUCCUAUUUCCUUUUACUUGCCUCCCUACCUUAAGUGUUUGGCACUGUGGAACUUCCCCCUAAAGAUAUUGCAAAAAUAAUGAGACUGAUUAUUUCGAUUCUUUGCCCGUAAAAAAAUUAUUGAAAAAGCCAUAAAAAAACACCCGAGAAACUAGAGGACAGCCUUAACUCAGCUAAAUAUUAUUCAUUAAUUCUAGAUUGUACACCUGACGUUAGUCAUGUUGAACAAAUGACCAUCAUCGUUCAAAUUGUCAAAUUGAUUACUGAUGAACGUAAAUGUGAAAUCAAAGGAUUUUUUUUAGGAUUUGUCCCUCUUUCUCCACCACCGGUGCUGGUUAACUGAAAAAAAUUUUGUCAGUUAAAUGAGAUGUCUCUCUCAUUAGAAAAUUUACGCGGGCAAGGGUAUGACAACGGAAGUAACAUGAAAGGUAAGCACAGUGGUGUUCAAAAAAAGGAUUUUAGAUAUACACGUGCUUUUUUUGUACCCUGCAGUUCACACACGCUAAAUCUUGUUGUGAAUGAUGCUGCAAAAUGUUGUCUGGCAGAGACAUCCUUUUUCAACUUGGUCGAAAAAAUAUAUGUAUAUUUCUCUGUCCCAAUCCAUCGUUGGGAAGUCCUAUUGCGUCAUGUCCCUAGUUUGACACUGAAACCAUUGAGCGAUACAAGAUGGGAAAAUAGGAUUGAUGCAUUGCUUCCAAUAUUACGUAUUUGAUUAACAGUACGCCUUUGCUUUAUGAAUCCAGACAACCCAUUUCUAAGACAAAGUAUGAUCACCUACAAAAGCUCAAGAAUGUCAUACCUAAAGACUGUCACACUUUUUAUGAUAAUUUACCUUUCAAAUAAUUUUAAGUUGCUUCCUAUUUUGACUAAAAUGCUGUGAUUUUUUAAGAGAAUUUACCACAGAUUAUUUUAUUAUGAUUAUUAUUUAUUUAUGUUUAAGUUUCAUUUAAUUUUUUUGAAAAACCUAGAAGAAAGUGUAUUUUUAUUAUUCCAAGUUUUUUAUAUUUUUUGUUUUAUCAAAACAUUUUUGUAUUCAUUAGGUAGGUAUGUAUAUAAAUACCUACCUAUGUAUAACGUUUAAUUAAUAAUACAUUGUUAUUAUUUCUUAGUUUUAGAUGAUUAUGUUGAUCUCAUAAAAAGUCUAACUCCUAUAAUAAGAUCUCGAUCACGGCUACGCAUCAAGUUAUACAAAUCGGACAAAUUUAUUUAAUGCACUUUAUACCUAAUUUUGUUUGGAACUCGAGGCAGCGAUUUUAUUUUUAGUUUUUGAAGUCGGUUACUUUAACGCAGUUUCUUUAUUUUGAAACAAACAUUUUGUCUGAACUGCAUAACAGUAAUGUUAACUUUUUAUCUGCUCGUCUUUUAAUGGUAUUAAUUUUAUAAUAUUAAUUUGCACUGUUAUUUUUUUAGAGUCCAUAAUGAAAAAACGAAUAGAUAAGAUUAUGGAAGGCCUUCACCUAAGGAGGGAUGUAAUAAAUACGAGAAAUGAACAAAUAAUAAAUGACGAAGAAUCUAAUCAGCCCAGAGAGAACAUAGAAAUAGAAAUCGGUGUAAAAAAUACUCUAGAAAUAGUGAAUCAAUAUGAAGAAGAAAACGCACUAAAAAAAGACGAUCAAUAUAAAGAAAAUAUUAGCAAUGAAUCACAGGGCAAGGAAACUGUACUAUCGCCUGGAUUUCUUGAUUUCAGCUCCGGGAGUAGUGAUGAUUAUAUACCAAACAGUGAAAGCGACUCAACUUUUUUUUUUAUUUGUUAUUCAAUUCAAUUCUACAAUUAAGUUUAUAUAAGUUAAUAAUCUAAAAAGUUAACUGAAACUAGCACGUCGACUAGUAGACCAAAGAAAAGGUGUAAAAGAUCAAAUAAUCUUAUAAUUGCUGAAAGCUCUGAUGACACAGAUAUCUCCAUCACAGAGCCAGAGCCUGGAUGCUCAAAUUCAAAUAAAAAGCAACGAAAAUAGUUAAAGGAAAGAAGAGCAGAGAGAGAGUCCCGAUUAAUUUUACGCAAUGCAGGCAAGAGUUAUGUUACAAAACUGGGUAAAAUGAAGCCUGGAAGAAACUUGGCUCCACUAACGGAGUGUCGCAUGAAAUGCAGAAGUCGUAUAUCUGAGGACAUAAGAGAAUUUAUUUUUAAGGAAUACUGGGCUUUGGGUUCGUACGAUGAAAGAGCUAAGUAUACAGAACGCUUUAUUAAAAUUAAUAAUAAAAAAACUCAUACAAUCGGAAGCAAACUAAAACGAGAAUACACUAAUACAUAUAAAAUUGUUCAUUUUAAUGAGGAUUAUAAGAUUUGUAAAGGUUGUCUUUUAAAAACUCUUGGUGAGAGUAAUCGCUUUCUUCAGACCGUGAGUGAAAAAAUAAAAAAGUUUGGUCGUGUGACGAAAAGUGAAAGGGGGCGUGCUGCCAGUUACAGAAAAAUCUCUAACGAGCGACUAGAACUCGUGAAACAGCAUAUCAAUAAAUUCCCGGCAUACGAAAGCCAUUACUCUCGAUCCAAGACUUCUAAAAAGUACCUUAGCUCUGACCUAUCCGUCAAUACUAUGUAUCAGCUUUAUUGGAAAGAAAAUAGUAACCCUGUCUGUAAAACUGUAUAUGC